AUGGCCGAUCGACAGCCCCAAUAUCCCAAUAUCCCCAAUUUUAAUGUCAAUAUGCUUCAGCAAGCCCAACAGCAACAGCAACAUCUCCAGCAGCAAGCUCAGCAGCAGCAGGCACAGCAGCAGCAAGACCCUACCACCUUCCAAGACCAGAAUCAUGUGUGGCAACAGAUGCAACAUCUCCAACAAUUUCGACCCCGGAGUGGCGCUGGUAUGAGUGCCCAGCAGGGAACUUCGCCUGCUCAGAUGGCUGAUUUGAUGAGAAGCCAAAAUAUUGCUCGUGUACAGCAACAACAACAACAAUUUGGUUCGGGUAUCCACCAGAUGGGUGGUGGGGGUCUUGGCUUGGGUCAACAGCAGGGAUUCCAUGACUCCUCUUCCAACCAGCCACAACACAUGUCAAUGGGCUUUCCAGGCAUGGGCGGGAUGCCAAACACAGGUGUCAACGCAGCGACCCUUCAACAGCGCAAUGGAUCUUUUGACCCACAAGCCAUGAGACAGCUUCAACUAAUGGGACUUGCGCAAGGCCAACAACCAGGGCCAGUUUAUGCCAAAUUUAAUCAGUCUCAACAACAACGAGAUCGGGAGUUUCAGCCACAAGGCGUGAACCACUCGUCUCCGGGCGAUGUUUUCUCCUCUCCAGGCAUAUCAAACGAGGCUAUUCGUCGUCCUUCCCCGUCAUCUCUGCCUUCGAGUCAUGUUCAACCGAUGCCCGCCGUUGCCUCAGGCUCACAACCACAGCCCAGCAUGCCCAACUCUCGUUUCACUUUGUCUGAUCUCAAUACGCGUGCCCGACUUCUCACGCAUAGCAUAGCAGAAGCGGAGCGUACCCAUCAGGCAAUUGCCGCUCAAAUUAACGCUCGGGGUGGUCAGGUCGAUCCAGCGUCUGCCCAACGAUUUACAGCGUUAAAGGCAGAAAUAAUGGCUAAAAAGGACAAUUUGAAUAAGGUCUCAACCAUGAUUGUGAGAGGUCAACAAGGACAAAUUCAAGGUGGCAGUGGCGCGGGGAACCAGGCCUCUUGGACGCUUCCCACCGCGUCGUUUGAAAACAACUCACAGCCAGGAAGGCCCAAACUUGGUCAGAACUCACCACAGCAGCAGCAACAACACCUCAACGGCAUACAAGCAAGUCCAUCGCUUUUGAAAGCGCAAGCCUCUCCCAACCACUUGAUGCCUCAAGGCGCCGUUCCGACAAGAUCUGUGUCAACCCCACACCAGCAGGCGCAACCAGGCGGUGGUGUUGGAGGUCCUUUCGCGAAUCAAGUGGCGAUGUCGGGGGGCAUGGGUGGCCAUUUUCCCUUGGCCAUGAAUGGACCGUCCGGAAAUUCAGGAUCACUUCAACAAGGCCAGACAGGGAUGAAUCCCUUUCCUCCACCGCUGGACAAAGCCCGCUUUGAGCAAUCGUUUAGAGCUUAUUGCUCGAAAAAGAACUUGAAUGUCAACAUACGCCAGCUACAAAUUGACAAUAGGCCAGUCGACCUUUAUCAGCUCCAUAGGAACGUGAUGCUCGAAUAUGGUGUCAGCAAGGUGGAACAGAAAGCGCUUUGGGACGUUAUUGGGGGGCGUAUGGGAUUUGUUCAGUUUUCUGGAACUGAAACGGAACCAGCAAAAUCUGGACCAGGAGUCGCACAGCAACUUGCCCACAUUUAUAAAGAGCUCCUGGCCGCUUUUGACCACUAUUAUAUAACCACAGUGGUCGAGGCACGGAUGAAGGCGCAGGCGCAGGUGCCUAGGAAUCCUGCGCAGAUGUCGCCUCAGAUGAUGCAAAAUGUUCUUACUUAUGCUCACAUGACGGUCUCUGAUUUGCAUCAACGCGGGGUCCCGGAGAAAAUAAUCACGUUUGUGGAAGCAAAUCGAGCCAACUUGCAGCGGACCUACGCCGAGCAGAAAUCUUUCCAAAGCCGGUUCCGCCCAACAAACCAGAACGAUCCUCAAGGAUCGGGUGAUCAGAAUGGACCAUCUGGUGGAGGUCCUGGUCAACAACUUCCAUUCGGGGGGCCAGCCACGCAGCAAAAUCCAGCUGUCUCACUAGGACAUCAUCAUUUUUUACAGCAACAGAACGGGCUCAACCUCUUGGAAGGCAACAAUUUUCUAGACAACCGACAGCCCCAGCAGAGACCGCUGCAACAGGGCCCGCCGAUGCAAACUAUGCGACCAACGAAAGAAUUGCUAGAGAAGUCGCAGCAGUUUGUGCAGAAUGUCAAGCGAGGGUUCAACACCACUACUAUUCCAUCCAUGCCUACCGUCGACGUUCCUUUGGAACGCCAAGCUGAGUAUCUUAGUUUGCUUAACACCCUCCAUACCCAGUGUCUAGAGAUUGAGCCGAAGCUUGCGAUGUACUUGGUGUUUACUGGAAAAGAUGAACCGAUAAAGAGAAUGGCUGCUAUUAUCUGCACCGUUGCGCAACAGAAAAGUUAUGGAGCAAGUCGUUUUAUUGUUACCUUCGACAUGCUUCAGAAGAUGCUUGCGGAGAUAAAACGGACCACGGACGGAUGGGCCCAAAGACCAUUUGCACAUCAGCCCCAACACCCACAACUAAAUGGCAUGGGCGUUGGCAUUCCGACCAACGACGUUCCUCCUCAAUCUCGUCCCACUAUCUCUCAUCCUUCUGCUUCUCUCCCCCCACCCCAGCCUCAGAUACCAUCACAAUCUGUUCGCCCCCCAGUAUCCCUUCAACAUCCUCCCAAUAAACGGAAAGCCGCACAGUCUUCGUCAGGUGGUCCCGUCUCCACCCCCUCUCCAGCGCCUGCCUCGACCCCUGCAGCUUCUGCACCUACCCCUACCCCGACUGCGGCAUCUCCGCAGACGCCAAAAUCUCCGAAAGGUAAGGCGCCUGCCAAACCCAAGCAACCACCCGCCAAGAGACGACCUUCAAAAGCCGCGGCGCCUCCUACAUCUUCCGCUACUUCAGAUCCUGCUCAAACACCUGUGCCAGCUGUUGGAAGUAACAAGCGACCUCGAGAUGAAGAGAUGACUCCACUUUCUAACGCGUUAAGCCCAGGUGAUGGGCCAUUUGGGGCCGCCAACGAGCCUUCACCACCAAAACGGGUAAAAACGGAAUGGGAUGCACCUCCAAGCGAUGCUCUGAAAAUGAAGACUGAAGCUGUGGAAAAUAUCAAGACUGAGGAAGACGCUUGCGUCUUCCUCGAGCAGAUGACGGAGCUCAUCAAAAAGGCCGCGGAUGGCGAAGGACAGGAAUCCUUUUCGUUGGAGUUAUCUGAAACUUUCGAAAUGAUCCUCAAAGGUUACGGCCCUACACAAGAUUCUUUGGAUGGUGGAAGUAGCUUGUCGCUUCGGCCUGGAGAAUUAGGUGACCUGCGUGCGCCGUCGCCCCCCGCAGGACCGUUGGCCGACUUCGAGGAAUUCAUCGAUUUCUCAGGAACGAUCGAUGACGACGAUAGUCUGUCAAAAGCUGAGACACCAGAGCUCGUGUCGUCGUCUUCGACAAAUCCCAGCCCGGAGUCCAACUGCGAGCCAGACGCCAUCCAUCACAUGCUGACCUCGUCGUCGACAAUAGAAACUAAAACGGAAGAAUUGCCUGAUCUACUCCGGCUAGGACCAUGGAAGGAGAUCGAUGGCGGAGAAGCUGCGUAUUACCAGACUAGCGAAUGGAAAUGGGACAGUCCUAUGCCGUCUAUGGAGCAACCGUGGGCAAUUUUUUCUUCAUAA